AUCCGCCAUUAUCAGAGCUGUUUCCCCUUUCCUCGGCACGGAAUCAUUGAGAAUCGGGGAGAUCGCGGUCGCUUACAAGUUCAGCCCCGGGGACGCGAGCGGAAAUGGUGGCGGAGCCUUGGCUGUUGAGGAUGGGAAAUCAGGUCGGUAGCAAUGUCAAGCAGGCUUUGCUUCUGGAGAAUUCGAAGAAAUCGUCUGAGAAGAGUGACGGGAAGCCAUUGUUAGGUAUACUCUCUUUCGAAGUUGCUAAUGUGAUGUCUAUGAUCAUUCACUUGCACAGAUCAUUGAGUGACCAUGAGAUUGUUAGGCUGAAGAGUGAGAUCUUGAAUUCCAUAGGGAUAAGAACCCUGGUAUCUGAUGAUGAAGUUAAGAUUAUGGAGUUAGCCUUAGUUGAGAAAAUGGAUGAUUUGAAUAGGGUUGCUGGUAUGGUGUCUAGGUUAGGGAGGAAAUGCACAAUCCCGGCGUUGCAAGGGUUUGUGCAUGUCUAUGGGGAUAUAACUGCUGGGGCUAUUGAUGUGAAGGAGUUGGAAUUUUUGGUUAAGGAUAUGGAAGGGAUGAUAAGGAAGAUGGAUAGAUGUGUGAGCUCUACUUCUAGAUUGUACACUGAGAUGGAGGCAAUGAAUGAACUGGAAGCCACUGCGGCGAAGUUUAAACAGAACCAUCAUGAGGAGGCUUGGAAAGCUUGUGAGCAGAAGUUGGCUUUGCAGAAGCAGGAUGUGAGGCAUUUGAAGGAUGUUUCUCUUUGGAAUCAGACUUACGAUAAGGUCGUGGAAUUGUUAGCUAGGACUGUCUGUACGGUCUAUGCGCGAAUCAGUACUGUUUCCCAAGGAAUAAUCGUGAGGAGGGCUUCCAGUCAGAUUGGCGGCGUGGAAUGCACCACUGUUGAUUUGGUAAGACCAGCUUUGAGGAAGAGAAAUGGAUUCAGUCCCUCAGGAGGACCUAGUAGUAGUGAAAGAAGUGUAGGGAGGAGCCACGGUGGCGGGCUAUUUAGUCCAAAAGACUUCAACUUUGCAUGUGGAAUCGGACUCAUGGAGUGUUUAACUUUGAGUUCCUCUCCGAAGCAUGAAGAAAUCGACGAUACCAGUCUGGUUUCUGGAUUCAGUAGUUUUCCGAGCAAACUGCUAAGUAGUGUUACCUCUAAGAAGCUUCUUCAAUACCCACAUUUAAUCGGCGACGAAGCCAGGGAUGAUUUAUACCAGAUGUUACCGGAGAGUCUAAGAAAGAAGUUGAAGACUAAACUGAAACCAUAUAUGAAGAAUUUGGAGAUAUAUGAUGCGCCCGUUGCGUACAGAUGGAGGCAGAGUCUAGAGGAGAUCCUGAACUGGCUUUCCCCACUGGCGCAUAACAUGAUCAGCUGGCAAACUGAGCGCAACUAUGAACAGCAUCAUGUUAUCGAUAGGACAAAUGUUCUAUUGCUCCAAACAUUGUAUUUUGCUGAUCUUGACAAGACCGAGGAAGUUGUCUGCGAACUGCUUGUUGGACUGAAUUACAUAUGCCGUUAUGAACAGCAGCAGAAUGCUUUCUUGGACUGUACGAGUAGCUUAGACUUUGAAGAGUAUAGGGAGUGUCAAAUGCAUCUUGGACCUUCUUUUCAAGAUGGAUGAAGUUUUGUGCACAGCCACCACGUUAACUUCUUGUAAGUCUAGGUAGAUAACUAUGGAUGAUGAUUACAAAUUUACAAUGCCUUUUAGUAGUGUGCUAAAUGGCUUGACCCAAAGUGCAGUUAUGUCUUUUUUUCUUUUCUUUCUUCAUGCUUCAUGCAUGAAUUUAGAGUGUGGGCUAAUUUUAGACUUUGUAAUUUGUAAGUGAGUGUAAACUUCAUGUCACAAAUCCCAACUUAGUGUUGGGAUAAAGGUGUAGGAUGAUGAAAAAGGUUGAGUUGUUUGUAGAUUCUCAGUGUUUAUAAGGACUUGACAAGAAAAUCUGAUCUCUAACAUCAAUGGAUGAUGCUCAUUUGUGAAACUUCAUUCAAGCACUUUUAAUGUAUGUUUAGCACUGUUAGUUGAAAGAUGAAGGUGAAAUGGACAUAUAUCACGUGAUUUAACUCCUCUAUCAAGACAGGGGCUAGGAAACUCUAGAUGAUAUGGUUCUUUUUUUGUGAUAUACUUCCUAAGAGUUAUUAUCAUAAAUCAUUAAGAGCAAAAUAGGAAAAUAAAAUCUAUUAAUGCUUGUGGAGGUAAUAGUGGAUGUAAUUUCCUCCCCCAGUCAUUACAGUACUUCGUAAAAUUUAAGGGUCCUUUAUAUCUUUUUAAAAAUAAAGGGACAUGCAAAUUGUUUCAACAAAACUUAUGUCGUCCGAGAGUAAUUUUUUGGAGCUAAAAAUACAAAACAUUUUAUUUUUUGAUAAAGAGUAAUUUCUAAA